GUUGACGUUCCUGAAGUCCGGAGAAGAGAAUCGAAACAGAAACCAAUCCCGCAACUUGUGUGAUCUGUGGGUGGAAGACAGUGAUUAAAACUCCCUGUGAGGGCGAGCCGCGCUGCAGUAGCAGGGUGCGAGCUGUCCCGAGCCUGCGCCCACCUGCUGCAGCGCAUUCCUGGCCCACCUGCCACCUGCCCGGUGCCACCGAUCCACUGAUCCAGGGUUCCAAAGCCACCUGCUUCCUGCCGCUGCCAGGCAGCAUAGUCGGGGAACCACUCCCACCUGUGGAUCGUCCGCCCGCCUGCCCAGGAGACUCCUCUCCCAUUCCCAGAAAGAACCAAGGAUGUCGAACGUCUGUUCUGCCGAGGACAGCUUCCGCUAUCUCAUCUCAGUCUUCCGGACCAGGUUGAAAAGGUGCUUUCAGGUGGAGCCGGUGCUGGACUACCUGAUCUUUCUGCCUGCGGAAACCAAAGAGCAGAUUCUUAAGAAGGCCACCACCUGUGGGAACACCAGCGCGGCGGAACUGCUGCUGAGCACCUUGGAGAAGGGGGAGUGGCAGCCGGGCUGGACACAGACCUUCGUGGAGGCCCUGGAACAUAGUGGCAGCCCCCUUGCUGCGCGCUAUGUCAGAGCCACCGAUCUGCCUUCUCCUUCCUUUGAGACCGCCCAUGAUGAAUGUCUCCACCUGCUGAACCUCCUUCAGCCCACCCUGGUGGACAAGCUCCUGAUUAAUGAUGUCUUGGAUACUUGCGUGGAGAAGGGUCUGUUGACAGCUGAGGACAGAAAUCGGAUUUCAGCUGUAGGAAAUGCCGGGAAUGAGUCAGGUGUAAGAGAGCUGCUGAGAAGGAUCGUGCAGAAGGAAAACUGGUUUUCCACUUUCCUGGAUGUUCUUCGUCAAACUGGAAAUGAUGCGCUUUGCCAAGAGCUGACAGGUGCUGACGGCCCGGAAAACAUUGCAGACUUGGAGAAUUCGUCUCACGAAAAUGGGCCUGAAGCUAAUGAGUCCAUUCUGUCCACUCGAGAUGAAUCGAGCCCAGAGACAGAGGCCUGGGACAUGGAGAAUUCUUCACCAGAGGCCUCCUUUGCAGAUGCUUCUAUGACCACAGAAUCAGACACAAGUUUGGCAGAAGGAAGUGUCAGCUGCUUAGAUGAAAGUCUUGGACAUAACAGCAACAUGGGCAGUGAUUCAGGCAUCAUGGGAAGUGAUUCAGAUGAGAGAACGGAGACACAGAAGGCAUCGCCUGAGCCAGAACUGCAGCUCAGGCCUUACCAAAUGGAAGUGGCCAAACCAGCUUUGGAGGGGAAGAAUAUUAUUAUCUGCCUCCCCACAGGGAGUGGGAAAACCAGGGUGGCUGUCUACAUCACCAAAGAUCACUUAGACAAGAAGCAGCAGGCAUCUGAGCCUGGCAAGGUUAUAGUCCUUGUCAAUAAGGUCAUGUUAGCUGAACAACUUUUCCGUAAAGAGUUCAACCCAUUUUUGAAGAAAUGGUAUCGCAUUAUUGGAUUAAGUGGUGAUACCCAGCUGAAAAUAUCAUUUCCAGAAGUUGUUAAAUCUUACGACGUUAUCAUCAGCACAGCUCAAAUCCUGGAAAAUUCCCUCUUAAAUCUGGAGAGUGGAGAAGAUGAUGGUGUACAGCUGUCAGAUUUUUCCCUCAUUAUCAUUGAUGAAUGCCAUCACACCAACAAGGAGGCCGUCUACAACAACAUCAUGCGCCGGUAUUUAAAGCAGAAGCUGAAGAACAAUACCCUGAAGAAACAAAACCAACCAGUAAUUCCCCUGCCUCAGAUUCUAGGACUGACCGCAUCACCUGGUGUGGGAGGAGCCAAAAAGCAAGCAGAGGCUGAAAAACAUAUUUUAAAUAUAUGUGCCAAUCUUGAUGCAUUUACCAUUAAAACAGUGAAAGAGAAUCUUGGUCAACUUAAACACCAAAUAAAGGAACCAUGCAAGAAGUUUGUGAUUGCCGAUGACACCAAAGAAAAUCCAUUUAAAGAGAAACUUCUGGAAAUUAUGACAAGCAUCCAAGCUUACUGCCAAAUGAGUCCAAUGUCAGAUUUUGGAACCCAGCCUUAUGAGCAAUGGGCUAUUCAAAUGGAAAAAAAAGCUGCUAAAGAUGGAAAUCGCAAAGACCGUGUCUGUGCAGAACAUUUGAGAAAGUACAAUGAAGCCCUACAAAUCAACGACACGAUCCGAAUGAUUGAUGCAUAUAGCCACCUGGAGAUGUUCUACAGCGAUGAGAAAGCAAAGAAGUUUGCAGUCCUAGAGGAAAGUGAAGACAGUGAAGACGAUGCCAGCAGCUGCGAUGAUGAACUUAAGGGCAGUGGAAAGAAAUCUCUGAAACUGGACGAAACCGAUGAAUUUCUCAUGGAUUUAUUCUUUGAUAACAAGAAAAUGUUAAAAAAGCUAGCUGAAAACCCAAAAUAUGAAAAUGAAAAGCUCAUUAAAUUAAGAAACACCAUAUUGGAACAAUUCACAAGGUCUGAGGAAUCAUCUCGAGGAAUCAUUUUCACAAAGACGCGGCAGAGCACCUAUGCACUUUCUCAGUGGAUUAUGGAAAACGAAAAGUUUGCUGAAGUUGGAGUCAAAGUACAUCAUCUGAUUGGGGCAGGACACAGCAGUGAAGUCAAGCCCAUGACACAGAAUGAACAAAAAGAAGUCAUUAGUAAAUUUCGCACUGGAAAAAUAAAUCUGCUUAUCGCUACCACAGUGGCGGAGGAAGGCCUGGAUAUCAAAGAAUGCAAUAUCGUUAUCCGUUAUGGCCUUGUAACUAAUGAGAUAGCCAUGGUCCAGGCCCGUGGUCGAGCCAGAGCUGAUGAAAGCACCUAUGUCCUGGUUACCAGCAGUGGAUCAGGAGUUACCGAACGUGAGAUUGUUAAUGACUUUCGAGAGAAGAUGAUGUAUAAAGCUAUAAACCGUGUUCAAAAUAUGAAACCAGAGGAAUAUGCACAUGAGAUUUUAAAGUUACAGGUACAAAGUAUCUUGGAAAAGAAAAUGAAAGUCAAAAGAAGUAUUGCAAAGCAUCAUAACAACAAUCCAUCAUUAAUAACUCUGCUCUGCAAAAACUGUAGCAUGCUAGUCUGCUCAGGAGAGAACAUCCAUGUAAUUGAGAAGAUGCACCAUGUCAAUAUGACGCCAGAAUUCAAGAAACUCUACAUUGUAAGAGAAAAUAAAGCACUGCAAAAGAAAUUUGCUGAUUAUCAAACAAAUGGGGAGAUUAUCUGCAAAUGUGGCCAGGCUUGGGGAACAAUGAUGGUACACAAAGGUUUAGAUUUGCCUUGUCUCAAAAUAAGGAAUUUUGUAGUGGAUUUCAAAAAUAACUCAUCAAAGAAACAAUAUAAGAAGUGGGUGGAAUUGCCUAUCAGAUUUCCUGAUCUUGACUGCUCAGAACAUUGCUUGUAUAGUGAUGAAGACUAGCUCUUGAUUAUUUUAAAAUGUUGCCAACUCAAAAUUUAGUAUGAUUUUGGUUGAUGUUUUCAUUAUACCACUGAACUAAUGCCAGAGUAUGUAAAUGACAGUUUUGUUUUGUUUUAAAUAAUGUAAAGAAACAACACAAUACAUACUUCUUACUGAUUGUAAAUGUAAUUGUUAAUCUGAAUAGUCGAUUUGAUGAGGUCUAGGAUCACCUGGGAGUUGGGUAGCUGGGAAUGCCCUUAAGGGAUUGUCUUAAGUUAAGCAAGGUAGGAAGACCUGCCCACUGUGGGCAGUCCUAUUAUCCAGGCUUGGGUCCUGGACUGUAUAAAAUUGAUAAAACCAGCUCAGCACAUAUUUGCACUCAUAAUUCUGCUUCUUGACUGUGGAAUGCAAUGUGACAAGCUACCCCAAGCUCCUGCCACUGUGAUGACCCUGCAGUAAUGGAUUAUAACCUCAAACUGGGAGCUACAAGAAAUCCUUCCUUCCCACAUUGCUUUUGGUCAGGGCAUUUUAUCAGAAACAGAAACAGAAAAGUAACUAGAACAGUGGGGAUAAAGAAAAUCUACCACUAAUACUCCUUAGUGUACAGGAUUACAGUAUUGUGGAAAGCACUGGAAUAUAAAUGAGAAUCCAAGAUACCAGUCUUAGCCAGUUCUGUCACUGAUUGUUGUGGACUAUUAUUUUAA